CAAAUGUUUUUAGAAAAAAUGCUCAAACAUACAGUGAUAGUAUCUUUAGUUUUAAACAGUGCUGGUUCCUUACUUCAGGACACUAAAAACGAAAACAUAUCAGAAUUAACAAUCGGUUCCUCCUGCAGCGAAGAGAGACCUUGUACUAUAAUUCCUGGAGGAGAAUGCAACUUAAAUAUAUCAGAAUGUGAAUGCUCAACUCAGUUCCCCAUUAACCUAAGAACUAGAUGUAGCCAAGGUUUAAAUCUCGGCGAUCUUUGUACAUUUCAUGAAGAGUGCUCCUUUAAAGACUCCAAUUCUUACUGUAUACAGGACAGGAAUGAAGAAGGACGGUGUAGAUGUAAGGACGGAUUCUCUGGUUCUCAAGGUUCAAAUAGAGAUACAAAAUCUCAAAGAGUACUUUGUAUAAAAAAUUCCUUGGCUACCAUUAACACAGAUACAGUCCCAGCAGUGACAGGGCUAGCUAUAGGUUUAGUAAUCCUUGCAUUCCUUCUUGUUUUUGUAGCAAAGCUGUUCUCUAAAGCAAGAUGGCGACCUUCUAGGGGCUACGGAGACGCAAGUAUUCCUCCUACAAUUGUUAUUGACGGCAAAGAUCUAUCUGAGAAUGGUGAAUGUACUGUGUAUAAAGCUGGAGACCCUCUCUCUCCUGAUCAACUGCGGAAAAUGUCUAUUCUCUCUAGUGUUACUCUUCCUUUAAAUAAGGAUAUCAAUGUUAGAUCAGUUAGUCCUAGCAACAGUCAAGAACAUGAGAGACUAUUCGGGGAAGGCGCUACAGAUCGAAGUUUGUAUGAGCAGCAUAUUACAAUAAUCUCUAAUCGACCCAGUAACCGGAGAGAGAGUUUAGCAGAUCAUGCGUUCCCAGAACUACAUUCUAAGCCCAAAGCGAAGAAGAAGUGUUUGCUGAUCCUGACUCGAACUCGAACAGAUACCCUGGGCCGACGUCAUAGUGUUGCUGUUCCUCUUCUUCCACCGCCUCAAGGAUAUGAUAUAGAGGCAGACUUCCUUACUAAUAAUAUUCAGAAAUCAUCAGUUGGAAGACAGAACGGGAGAAGAAAUAGUUCUCAAGCCUCUCAGAUGUCCCAGAGUCCAGAUAAGCUUCAAGUUCCAAGACGACAUUCCCGCCCUAGACGAUCAAGUAAACAAGAUUUUCUACAUUUUCUGGAUCUAGCAGUGGCAAACUAAAUCUGGAAAGUCAUACUAGUGAUGACCAGCUAAGCCUGGAAAGUCAGACUAGUAGUGGAAACUAAACCUAAAAAGUCAGGCUAGCCUUAACAAACGUAACCUCGAAAAUCAGACUAGCCGGGGCAAGCUAAUUGUAGAAAAUCAGUCCAGUCUCAGAAAACAGGAUUUUGAUUGCUCAAGGUUUAGAUAACAAAUCCGACCCUAAACUGGUUGUUUAUAUAAUCCGACCCUAACCUAAACUGGUCGUUUAUAUAAUCGACUGAAGAGAUAAAGCUGUACUGUGCAUACUUUAUAGUAUGUUGAUUUAUUUAGCAUCUGUACGUUUUAUCAGGAGAAAAUGUUGAUAUUGUAAUAUUAUCAUCUUAAUGAUACAAUGAGCUAAAAGUAUUAGACAUCACAAAAACAAAGAACAAAAAUGUAUUUUUGGUAUUAAAGUAUAUUAAAAGAAAUCUGUUUUGAAAUUUUAUAAGUUUGAGACAAACAAUACCAUAGUUUACUUAAUUUGACAGCUUAAUUAUUCUAAGAAAUGUAACUACCUUUGGUAUUAAAGUAUAUUAAAAGAAAAGACAAACAAUACCAUAGUUUACUUAAUUUGACAGCUUAAUUAUUCUAAGAAAUGUAACUACCUAUAAAAUUAAUAUCAAGAAUUUAUACUUAAAUGUUAUCAAUUUUUGUAAAAGAUGCUAAAAGUAUUCUAAUGGUGUUUUGAUUUAUUAACUUCAAACAAUCAAAUGAAAUUCAAUUUAUUUUUAAAGCAUUUUUUAAGCAUACUGCACUAAAAACGAAGAUUCAUUUUUUUACAGAAAAGUUUCAAGGAAAAAAAAUAUAUACACAAAAAUACACUUUUUUACUUUUCAGUUCCUUGAUUUUAUUCAAGUUCUAAUUGUUUAUAGAAUUUUAUAAUUUUAUCUAUUAUUUUCUAGAAAACUGUGUAUUGUAACAUAGCUGUUCAGUUUUCGUCUCAUCUAUGAUGUCAGGAAUUGACAGAUUUCUGGCAGAUAUACGUAUCAGAAAUAACGGAAGGGGUGUAAUAGAAAAAUUGGUAAAAAUUAAUAAUUUUUUUUGUAUAAAGCUUAAAAAAAGAUGAAUCGGUUCGAACAACUAUAAUAAAAGUGUGUACCAUUCAUUCAAAUAAUUUAUAAAAAUUGCGUUUUACCGCCGUACGACGAACGUUCCAAAAUCAUGAAAAUUUUGCUUUAAAAUUCUGAAAGUGUCCCAGUAAAGAACACGAUUGGAAAUUAAAAAGGGACUGCAAAAGACUGUAAGCCUAAUUUAAAGUGACUUUACUAUACAAAGAUUGCAUUGUCUGAGCACGGGCAGCCGUAGUACAUUUGAAUUUCCGAGCCGGGUCAACCUUUCCUUUCCCAGUUUGUACUGUAUCGCCCGGA